UCUCUCUCGAUCGCUCGUUCGCUUGUCGGAGUCUUCGUUUCCUUGCCUGUCCGGCUCUCUGCACGUCUUAAUUUGGUGGAACUCAUGCUCAAUUGCGCCGCGUCUUUCCACUCGCCUCUCUUCAUUGUAUUUUUCAUCAGGUAUCUCUUCUGGUUUUACAUUGUACCGAUUCGAUUCGAUUGGUGUGGCGUCGAUAAACGGCUGCGACGGGGAAUUCUGUUAAGAAGACAUUCAGGUGCGACUUAUUGAUACACCACGCUGUAAGGUGUAGUUCGUUUAGCAGUGUCCGCGAAGGAGUAUUGAGUGGAAGUUCUUCUACAACAUUUUAUUUAUUGUUUAACGUAUUUUGUGAGGACGCUGCCCAUCGGUGUACGCGAUAUGGCUUUUGGCCGAGACCGUGAUCUGUACAAGACGAAAUUGUGUACGUUGUACUUGCAUCGAGGAUCGUGUCCGCGCCAGAGCUGCUCAUUCGCUCAUGGAGGUGCGGAACUCCGACGAAUGCCUGGGCACAUUGACUCUCGCUUUGUCGGCUUGAGGAGUCGAUUUGAGAGACUUUCUCCUUUGAAUCGAUUGCGACGAUCCCACAGCCAAGACCGAAGAAGUCGAGGAUUUCGUAGGACACCUUUCAGAGAUAGCGAUCAUAGUCGAUCUCCGACGAAGCGUAGGAGAAGUAGAUCUCCUUCUGCUCCAGAGCUCUCCGAGUGUAGAAGGAGGGACAGCAAGAAUGCACACAUAGAAGCAAACGAACCACAUUUGAGUGAUGUCUCAGCCGAGGAUCUCGGAACUGACAGCCCUGGCGCUGAGAAAGAUGUGAAGUCUCGAGUUACAAAGAACGUGUCCAAUAUCCGGGACUCCCUUGAAGGGCAGCUGGCGGAAGCACACGAUGAAAACAAGAUUUUAGUGGAUCAGAAGACUGAUCUGGAGUUGGAAUUGGAGAAUAAGUUGCAUGAGACAACGGAAUUAUCUGAUAAAGUCACCAUACUGGAUGAGAAAGUAGCAGGGGCGCAGGAAGAAUGUAAAGGAUUAGCUUCAAAGACGCGGAAGCUCGUGAAAGUGUUCAAACUGUUGAUUCGUGCUCAAGACGACUUGAAGAAAGCGCAAGCCAAGUUAAUAAAGAUGGUGGACGAUGUUAUUGUGGAGUCAUGUAGCAAGAAUAUGGAUGUGAAUAGUGUGAAAGUUUUUCUCCCCUCUCACGGUGCAACAUUUGGAGAAUAUGCGACUCCACUUGAUGGUUUGUCCACUAUCUCGUUAGAAGCUAUCUAGAGGCACACAGGUUAGCAGGAAGGUUUCCAAGGUUGAAACUCCAAACGAGGUUGAGAAUCGUUCUCAGUCACGAAUUAGUGAACACUAAAAUGGUUUUAACGCAAGAAAGGAACCUUUCAACACACAGUUACCUGCAGCACGCAGGCACGAUAUUAGCAUACAAAAACACAGGGCAUUCAAGUAGCUUUGUGAUCCCAGGAAGAUCUCUGGCCAGCUUAACACGGUUCUUAACAUGCAGCCUGCAAUGACAAGAUAGAUGAAGUGAUGUGGAAAUAACCUUCCUACUUGGUCAUAAUAUAUGAAGCAUUUAUAUAUUUUCAUUUCAUUGCCGUGCACAAUGUCUCCUCACUUCUCCGACCUGCUGAUUAUUGUAGAGGCUUACAAAGGUUUAUAAAGGCAUGGCACCACAAUUAGGGUUCUAGACCUGAGCCCUAAUACUUUGAGAGGCUCAAAUCCGCAAGAAUGAUGACUGUUUGAUGUUUAAGAUAGCGUCUCAAAGUUGCCAGCAGCUAGGUUACAGAAAUUCCAGAAUGAAGUGGAAAGAUGUAGGUUGCUUCAUUUAUUUAAAAAUAUUAAUAUUCAAACACUCUAUGGUUUUUCUUUUUCAAGGUUUUUAGGGUUUCUGGUAAAAAUAAAGUAGUUAUGAUUCAUUACAUCA